AGGCUCAGCUGCUGGGCUGGGCAGUGCGUGCUGCUGUUUCUCGUCCCAAGACCAAGUCUUAAUAGCAACUUCCCUUCCUCGGCUACUUAGACUUUUUUCCCCCCUGUGGCUGGAAAGAAGUGUCACAUUUUACUCCUAACUCUCUCCCCCCACUCCCUCCCAGAGAGCAUUUGCCCACGGGGGUGGGGGCGCGGCACUGUGAGCUCCCUCCAGCCUCGGGUGACUGCUGUAAGUAACUUUCAGCUCCUCUCCUUGUAACACCAUGACGUUCCUCCGGAAGCCUAGGAGCCGGACAGCUGCUUUUCUGCCUCUCUCCCUGCUCUUUUUGAAGAUUCUGCAACCAGGGCACAGCCACCUUUAUAGCAACCGCUACGCUGGUGAUAAGGUGAUCAGACUUAUUCCCAGUACAGAAGAAGAAGCAAAUGCACUGAAGAAAAUGUACCACCAACUUAAGGUGGACCUGUGGCAGCCCAGCAGUAUCUUCCAUGUAUCAAAAGGAGCAGUUACUGAUGUUCAUAUUCCCAAAAAUGGUUCCCAAGUCCUGUUAGCCUUCUUACAGGAAGCCAACAUCCAGUACAAGAUCCUCAUAGAAGAUCUUCAGAAAACACUGGAAAAGGCAAGCAGUUUGCGAACCCAGAGAAAUCGAAGAUACCUUUCUGGAUAUAAUUAUGAAGUUUAUCACUCCUUAGAAGAAAUUCAAAAUUGGAUGCAUCAUCUGAAUAAAACUCAUUCAGGCCUCAUUCAUGUGUUCUCUAUUGGAAAAUCAUAUGAGGGAAGGUCUCUUUUUGUUUUAAAGCUGGGCAGAAGAUCACGAACUUACAAAAGAGCUGUCUGGAUAGACUGUGGUAUUCAUGCAAGAGAAUGGAUUGGUCCUGCCUUUUGUCAGUGGUUUGUAAAAGAAGCUCUUCUAACAUAUAGGAGUGACCCAAUCAUGAGAAAAAUGUUGAAUCAUCUGUAUUUCUAUAUCAUGCCUGUAUUUAACGUUGAUGGAUACCACUUUAGCUGGACCAGUGAUCGAUUUUGGAGAAAAACAAGGUCAAGGAACUCAAGGUUUCGCUGCCGUGGAGUUGAUGCCAAUCGUAACUGGAAAGUGAAAUGGUGCGAUGAAGGAGCUUCUAUACACCCUUGCGAUGAUACCUACUGUGGACCUUUCCCAGAAUCUGAGCCGGAAGUGAAAGCUGUAGCCACCUUCCUCCGAAAACACAGGAAGCACAUUAGGGCUUACCUCUCCUUUCAUGCAUAUGCUCAGAUGUUGCUAUAUCCCUAUUCUUACAAAUAUGCAACAAUCCCCAAUUUCAGCUGUGUGGAAUCUGCAGCUUAUAAAGCUGUGAAUGCACUUCGGUCGGUAUAUGGGGUACAAUAUAGAUAUGGACCUGCCUCCAGCACAUUGUAUGUGAGCUCUGGUAGCUCAAUGGAUUGGGCCUACAAAAAUGGAAUACCCUACACAUUUGCUUUUGAACUUCGUGACACUGGACAUUUUGGAUUUUUACUCCCAGAGAUGCUCAUCAAACCGACCUGUACAGAGACCAUGCUGGCUGUGAAGAACAUCACAAUACACCUACUAAAGGAAUGUCCCUGAGACAGCCCAAGGGUCAGGGCAACCACCAGAGAGAGAGCUAAUUCUGUGCAAGAGCCACCCGGCAGUGGGGGAAAUUUUUUUUUAAAGAGAAGAGCAAUUUCUUAGAAUGAACAUAUCUGUGCACUUUAAAAGGACCUACUCAUGCAAUUCACAUUUCUGUGGCAAUAAAAAAUUGGUAAAAAAAAAAAAUUGAACAUACCCUAGUUUGCUCUAAGAGAAGCAUUCAUGUUAUAUACGUUUAGAGUUCUAUUUGAUUAAGGGGGAGAGGGGAUAUUUUCAAACUCUAUUGUCUCAAGAAAUGUACACAUUAAGAAUUUCACUGCAAUAAAUCUCCUUUUCUCAGUUAAGAUCUAGGCUACUAAUGUGUAAUCUCUUGGUUUUCAUUUGAAACGGAAACUUUUCAAAUGAACUAUAUUUCUUAAUAAAUAUAAACUUAACGAGA